AUGAAACAGCAUAAAAAAAAUGUAUUAAUUCGUUCAAGUAUGCAUUCUCCGUCAAAUUAUGAUUCGAAACCGUCAACCUAAAUUCCUAGAUAAAGAUCUGUAAAUUAAUUUGAGGAAGCGGAUCCUAUUUCUAAAGGUAUUAGGAAAACUAUAUUUAUGAGAUAGAAAAAUUAUAAAAAUGAGGAAUGUUGUAGAUUUAGGAGAUGCAACUGAAUCUGUACAUAAGUCAUCCUCUAAAUAAAAGAGGAGAUAGAGCAAGGAGGAAUAAGAUAAAGAACUUGAAUAAUUAGAUUAAUGGCAUGAAUAGAUAGUUUCAAAGAAAAAAACAUUUGCUUUUGAAUAAAUAAAAUAAAAUGACAAUAAAUAUAUGGAGAACAUGUUUACCAAUGAUGGAGGACCAUAUAUAAAUUAAGCCAUUAUUAAUUCAAUUCUUAAACCAUAAGAAAAAUAGUAAUUAAAGAAUUUAUCACAGGAAGAAGAACAGGAUUUGAAUGUUUAAGUGAAAUUUUAAUUAUUGAGAUCAAUUAAGGAUUCGAAUAAUCCUGUUUUAAAAACUUUAGAUUAAGUUAGAAUGGAAAUGAAUAAACAUAUAAUGAAUUCAUUGUUAUUAUAAAAAGUUACAAAGAAAUUAGAUGAUUUAUAAAUAAAUAGAAGAGUCAAAUCAAAUUGGAAUCAUUAAAAAAUGGAUGAAGAAACAACUUAAGUGGUUCGAGAUUAAUCUUAAGCAUUAAAAAAUUCUACUUUAAAUAAUUUCAAAGGAUUAACUGAAUACUUUAGUAAUCCAGCAUAAUAUAUUGAUUAUGAUAUCGUUUUAUCUAAGGCAAAAUAUUACAGUAAUAAACCUCCAAAUUAAUUUGAAAUGGAAAUAAUAUAAACUGGACAAUAAACAUCAACUUCUGCUAAAUAAUUAAUAGAGUCAUUUUAAUAAUUUUAAAUUUAAAUAAAAGAAAAUAAAUUAGUCCUUUAUGAGAUGAGAUUAGAAAAUAAUAAAUUAGUAUAGAAAACAACAAUUAAAGAGGAAGAAAUUAGUGAAAUAAAAAGGAAGUAUUUUUAAAAAGAAGAAAAAACUAGAUAAGGAUAUAUACCUGAUUAAGAGGGAAAAAAAAAGAAUAUGAUGGAGAUUAUAGAAAAAAUUCGACAAUAGAGAGAUUUAGAAAUUAAAAAUAUUUAAAAGUUUAUAACACAAAUAAAAGAUGAAAUGCAUAGAAAUAUUGAUAAAUAAGAAGUUAUUUAAAAGGAUUUAGAUGAAUUAAGAUAAAAAAAGAGAAGAUGUAAAAUGUUACUAAAAGAUAUUUUUUUAAAAUAAUUAUAAGAAGCCAAUGAAUCAUUGAUGCCUGAAGGAUUAAUUCCAAUAAUAAAAUAAAUGAAAAAAAUAAAUGAAAAUGCUAAAAUUGAACAAUUUCCCCGAUAUUUAGAUGAUUAAUCAAGAUAAUAUCUGCUUAAAGCUGCAUAAUUAGAAAUAGAAAUAGAUGAUGCUAGAUAAUAAUCUUAGAAAUUGAAUCAUAAUUAAACUAAUUUCAGAAGUACUUAAUCAUAAUAAUGUUUAUUUUAAACUUAACCUGUAAGUGUUUCAUAAUUGAAAAGUUAAGUAAAGACAAUGCUUAAAAGAAGUAAAGUAUCUAUAAAAAAACCUAUAUUUGUUUAAGGAAUAGAUCCUUUAAAUCCUUAAUCUUUUGCUCAUGUACUUAAAUGGGAAAAUUAAGAUUUAGAAUCUGGACAUUUUUUAGAAAAAGAAGAGGCAACCUUUAAAUUAUAAAAUAUGCCUAGUGAAGGAAAUUUAUUUAUUAAAGAUUUUAAUUAAAAACUUGUACAUUUUUAAUAACAACUCGAAUCGAUUUAGAAAGAAGAAUAGGAAAGAAUACUAAAAUUAUAUUAAAAUAAAAGACAUUUAUCUGAUAUCUAAGAAUUGAAAUUAGUUUUAUAUUCAUUAUUUGGAUAAGUGAUUGGAGAUUAAAUAUGGUAUGAGUUUGUUAUUGAAUGGACUGAUCAAAAAUAAUUAAAUCCCUAGUAAAUUUUAAAGAAAGAUAUAGAAUUAAAAGCAAACGAUAAAGGAUAGAGUUAAAAAUAAAUAAAUGAAAAAAUUAAAUUAAGAAUGGCAAAUACUUAUCGUAAAUUACAAUAAAGUAAUGAGAUUGAAUAUAAUUUUAAUAUGCUAGAAUGA